UACAUACAUUACAUUACACAGAUAAAACAUUACACAGAACACUUUUGAUUGACGCAUAUUGAUGUAACUCUAAAUUAUGUCGAAAGCUGCAAUAUAAGCAUUAAGAAAAACGCCACGAAGGAGAAAGAAAGAAAAAGAGACGGUGUUCCGCGCCAUUGAAAUGCAAAUCUACGAACAAGGAGAGAUUGUACUUGUAUGUGUGUGUGAGAGAGAGUGUGUGUCUUUAGAGAAGGGGGGUCCGCAGAGCGGACAACUUUGAGAAAGAGGAGACUUGUUGAAGAAAAACAGCCACACACGCACUCGCCCGUUCGCACAGCAACACCGAACGACGUCACGGUCCGCUUUAGCAGUCGAUGCUAAUAUUGAGUUUAUUUAACGAACUCUGUUAACAUAGGUCGAUGUUGUUCUAGCGUGCCCUGCAAGGUGGAUUACUGACGGAGAGUAAGAUUCAUCUUAGAAAUACAUCACUGGUGUUUCGACGUGCGUUGAAAACUUGUUUGAUGCCUGUAACUCUCACCGGCUGCUCGUGAAUCAUGUCACGCCGGAAACAGAAACGGCCUCAGCAGCUCGUUAACGCGGACCCCGGGGGCACGCGCUUGAUGCCACAAGAUGACCAGUUCCCAGUGAAAUCUCCAUCAUCUUCACUUGUCUCAGAAGCUACCUCAUCAUCCUCUGCUUCCUCCCCCACAUCCCUUCAAGACUGUCAGCCUCCUUUGGCCCCAAGGCCAUCCCCUGGUGGACUUCAUGCUCCCUCACUCCCCAAUGAAAGCUCCUCUCCUCCCCAUUGGUCUAAUCAUAUUGCCUUAUAUACUACAUCUCUGCCUAAUGCACACUCAUCUCUUUCUCCAGACUUUCCACAUCCUUCUCUGUCCUCCCAGACCCACUCUCCUCCUCCUGUCCAACAGAAAUCCAUUCACAUCCCACCUCACCAGCCUCACUCCACUGUGACUUCCCCACCAAUGGGUAUUUCGGCAACCACCACUACCUCAUCUUCCUCAUCUUUAUCUUCAUCAUCAUCAUCACUGGCUGCCCCACCACAUCAAGGAAGCCCUAGUCCAAAUCACCAAACUCCAUCGUCACCCUCAGAACAGCUUCAGGUGCCUCCUACUUUGGCUGUGCUCUUAGAGGAACUUAGAGUCUUGCAGCAAAGGCAGAUUCACCAAAUGCAGAUUACAGAAGAGAUAUGCAGGCAGGUGCUGCGCCUGGGUGGUAUGGGUAGCGACCAAGAUGGACCUCAGGGAUCUGUGGAAAGUCAACAGAGAGGUGCAGACUUGCUAUCGCCACCCAACACUGCCUCUGGUACUGCUUUGAUUCCUCAAGCUCCUGUGCCCAAGCCCAACCUGUCUUACACGAACGGAAUUAGAGCUCCUCUUUUGUCCUCCUCAUCUUCUACAACCUCCUUGUCCACUUCAUCCUUAGUCACCUCUUCAGCCCCUCUGCACCCCCUUUCUCUAACAUUGGGACUUCCACCUCGUUACCUCAAUGAAAAGUCUCCCAAUAACUCCAUGAGUCACACCAAUGGUGUGAAUUUUUCGACUACUCCCUUGCCCACAUCUAGUCUCUCGCAGGACCAGCUAUCACUUAGUUCUACUGUUAGUACCUCAAAUGGAUCUUUAGCCUCCUCUUCAAGCCGUCAGCAGCACAUUUGUCGGUUCUGUGGGAAGGUUCUAAGCAGUGACUCCUCCUUACAGAUUCACCUGAGAUCUCACACUGGUGAGCGUCCCUAUCAAUGUCCGGUCUGUCUAAGUCGCUUCACUACCCGUGGCAACCUCAAGGCCCACUUCCUUCGUCAUCGUGAGCAAAAUCCUGAGCUGUCACUCUCCCUCUUGCCACCAGCUCUGUCUGAACAGGGACAAUCUGGAUCCACCUCAGGACCAUCACAGAGACGCAGAAAACGUCGGGCAGAGGAUGAGGAGCCUUUUGGUGUUAAAGGUAGUGUAGGAGUGCCAGACAGUUUAGCUCUGGGUUUUCUGUCUGGAUCAACUCACCCAUCACCCUCCUCCCUUCCACUGCCCCCCAGUGUUGAUCUGGCUCUGCUUUCCACUGCCCACUCUUUGCUACAACUCAACCGUGCCUCAGCCGCAGCUGCAGCAACAAGUGCACAGCCCUCAUCCACAUCCAUUUCCUCCUCUACCUCCUCUGUGAUGACCACUCAGUUUAAAGGUUCGAAGCAGCAGAGAUUUGAUGAGAAUACACCACCACACUCAGCCCUGCUCCCUGGAUCUCCAUAUUCCCAGCUUGCACACCUUCCUAAGAUUCUUUUUCCCUCAGGUCCCUCUGCCCACCAUCCCAGCCUUGCUCUUCUCCGCCCUCCACACCUCUCGUCUCCUCACCUCCCACUUACCUUCCCCUUCUCCUCUUAUGCCAAACCUCAAAAUUCCUCUCCUCCAUCCUCCACUAAGUCAUCCACCUCUGCCACUUCUGACACCUCCAAGCUGCAGAGACUGGCACAAAAGUUGGAAAAGCAGCCCCUUCCUAAAAGCAGCCAUGAAGGUCAGACAAAUUAUAACGCUCAGGCUAAUGACAUAUCCACAACAUCAAAUGCUAAUUCUAUCUCGGCUUACAGAAGAGAAAUGAUGGCAGCCUUAGGGCUAAAUCCCAGCACUCACAAUGAACUGACUAGUCAAGAGCUCCCUGGAUCCACUGCAUCUUCUUUGGCCCCUAAUCAGUGUGGGGUGUGCUUGCGUGUCCUCAGCUGCCCAAGAGCCUUACGUCUCCACCAGGCCACCCAUUUGGGUGAACGUCCAUUUCCGUGCAAACUCUGUGGCCGCUCCUUCUCCACAAAGGGUAGCCUCAGGGCUCAUUUAGCAACUCAUCGAGCACGUCCAGCCAAUGCACGUGGGCAGAACUCCUGCCCGCUCUGUCAGCGGAAAUUCACUAAUGCUGUGGUGUUACAGCAUCACAUACGUAUGCAUCUGGGGGGUCAGUUGCCUCCAGAAGGAAAUGGAGACAUGCAGUCAGAGGAAAGUCAAAUAGAUGGCGUCUCUCUACCUAAAAACUUUCAGUCUCUUCCUCUCAAUAUGAGCACGUCAGCCUCUGCCAGCAUAUUAGAGUCUGGUGCUAGCCUUAGAGAUGCCACAUCAACUGAUGGAGACCAGCCCAUGGAGUCUGAUCAAGACCCAUAUGACAACACACCUGAGACCAGUCCAACUCUGACCCUGGAGAAGCAGGAUCAAGGCACGGCCUCAGAAAAUAGCCCAUCUGACAAUAACAUCAUCCCAGAGGAAAACCAUCAUGGUAUCGGCCAUCCCAACAGGUCUCAAGUUGUAAAUGGUUCUGCAGAAGAAGAUGAAGAUACACCUCUUUCCCUCUGUACUAGAACCACUUCCCAAGAUACAUUGUUUGGUAAAAAAUUACUCAUCGGGACUUCACAUCACACAGUGAUUAGUGGGCCAAAACCUGGUUUAAGCAGCGAAGCUCUGGAUCUGUCCCCAGCCCUCACACCACCCUCCAGCCCAAAGGUGUCAAGUGAAAUGAAAUCGGACCAAAGCAGUGAUCAAACAACACCUCACAUGAAUGGAACAGACCAUAGUUUUGAGCCCAAAGACAGUGAAGCAGAGCAUGCAUCUUUGCUAUCAAAAACUUCAAAAAAGGAAAAUGUGAAAGUGGAGAAUGCACACAUAUCUGAAAUUGAGGAGUUAACAAAGGAGAUUCAUCAAGGGAAACCAGCACAAGACAGUGAGAAAACAGAAGUACCAUCAUCAGAAACUCCUGUGGCCCCUUCACAACCCCAGCGCUCUGAGAAACCUUACAGCUGCACUGAAUGUGGAAAAGAGUAUGCCAGCCGAAGUGGAUUAAAGGGACACAUGAAACUCCACAGUGGAAGUAUGAAUCAAUUAGCCAGUAGCAUUUCUUCACAGUCCUCUGAGGGAAAACCUGUGGAGCAUCUGCAGGACCCAGUUACAUGUCAAACUAAUGGAAAACUACAAGUAGAUGAGGAUAAAAACUCAUCAGAGGAGAACGCAGACAAAAUGUCCUUGACUGAGCAUCUGGUGCCUACUACUGACAGAGAUGACAGACCUAAAGGCAGUGCUUAACAAAAUUAGUUAGGUUUAGCACUGUGCUUGUUACUGGUUUAUAAUUUCACAUUUUUAUAUUUUGUUCUUAUGAGUAGUUCGUAAUUGUUUGAUAUUGUAGAGUGGUAGCGGACCAGUCAAUAUGAAAUGGUAGUGCCUUUUUAGGAAGGCAAUGAAAUCAUACCGGACAAGACUUAGUAAGUCUUUCGACUUCAAGUAUCACGACGCACAGAAAUUGGACCUUGAAAAUAGUAUUUGUGCAUAACAAGUGACAAGCGAAUGACAAGCGAAUACCUUCCUUUAUUUUUUUGUAACAAUUACAUUCUACAUCUAAGUGCAAUUUGGAACUCAUUACAUUUACUCAAAUCCUUUAAAACCUAAAAAAAUAAGAAAUUGCGCAGAAACAGUUGGACAAAAGGGAAUAAUUUGAAGAGAGAAUGGGGGAUUGUACCAAAAGUGAUCACCUGAUGUGCAGUUGAAUGUAAAUAUAAUUUUUUUAUCUUUUCAAACUGUUGUAUUGUGUAGGUGUUUAUAGCUGCACUAUAUCUGUGACUUCUAAAACUGAUUGACAAGGGAGGCUUUCAAGAUACCAUUAUGUUUGAAACAUCUCUGUUGGUUCUUUUGAAUUAUAUUUAGCUUUGAUUUCUAAUUUUCAUGAAUGUAGCAUGACCCUAACUUGUCAAUUGAAAGAAAUAAAGUCAAAUGAAUGUCACAA